AAGCUGUGCCUUUUUCUUUCACUCUGUCGGGCGCUUUGAAUCGUCGCUGAGCGUUUGCCUGCAAUCGAUCAUGAUUAUACGGUGAUACAUGGGGAGACAGGAUCUCCCUCGUUACAACUUGCGUGGCCUAUACAACCGUUCUGUCUUUGCGCUUUCUCCUGCACCAUGUCGGGCCCUCAAAACCUGCACAACGCCCUUCUACGCCCGCCCAUAAUCCAGAUCCUCCGUGCCGCAGGCUACCAUUCCACGCGACCUUCAGUUCUCGACACAAUAGCUGACCUCGCGGCGCGCUAUCUCCUCCUCCUAGGCUCUUCUACUGCUGAACACGCCGCCAACAGCCACCCCGACGACCCUGUACCCACCCUCGCCGACAUCCAGCUCGCCCUAGAAGACGCAGGCGCGUUCCGCCCUCAGAUGAGAGAUUUCGAAGAAGACUGGUGUCGUGAGGAAGACAUGCGAGGAGUGGAUGCUUUCCUAACGUGGUUUACGGGGCCUGCCAAUCGCGAAAUCCAACGAAUCGCCGGGUUCAUCCCUAACGAGGGCGAUGUCAUCGAUGCAGAUUUGCUCGAAAAAGAAGACUUCUUAACUGCAAUGAAGAAGAAACACAGCAAAACAGGCGAAGAGUCGCGAUAUGCAGGAACAGUGUUGGGGAAGGACGCCGACGACCAUCCCGUCCUUAUCGAAGGCGGCGCAGCUACUAGUAUUGGAGAAUGGAACUCGCAAGUGAAAUCCCAAGUGGCCUAUGCCGAAUCCAUUUCAUCCACCAUUAGCAGUGUACCGAGCAGUCUUUCUGAUCCUGAAGGAAUGGAUAUUUGAUCUCGGCUGGACGUUAAAAAAUACAGAAGCGCAACGGAUUUACUUUCCUUUGAAAAUCCCUGGACCAGCGUUAUGGCCGGCUUCGAGAAGAACUAAACUACCACUACUACCGUUUUCAAAAUGAAAACAGGGCUGAAAGAUAUCAUAUAUCGAGAGCCAAUUCCCGCUUGCGGAUAACCCUUUUUUUCAAGAAGAGGUAUAAAAAUCUCAGCUUGUGACUUUUAAUUGCAGCGCAUGCUGGGAAGUAUACUAUUUUCCGUACCGCAUUUCGAGGGCAUUAAUGCGCUCUAGCUGAAGUAUAGUUACCGACCUUCAUAGAAUAUGAAACGAUGACCACAUUGCAUAUAAUAUACUAUUUAACUAAGACUACUGUCAACAUUUGAACUAUUAUGCAUGAUGUUUUAAGCUCAUAGUCC